AGCAAAAUAGUUGUUCGAGCGCUUAAGGAAAAUAUUAAAAUGUAUUUGGAUCGAAAUGAAAAAAGUUUACUUUUCCACUGCAUAUUUUUCGUCACAGUAUUUCAAAUAAUCGUAUUGAAAAUUCAAUCAGUGGACACUUGCUAUGCCGAUCAAUAUUGUUUGACGCUACGCAAUUACAGCGGCCGCUAUGUGGAGGAGGAAAAUUAUGAAUACAUUGCGGAUAAAACACUCUGUGAUGGCUUUUGUCACCAUAACAGUACCUCCAAACGCUUGCGUUGUUGUGCUUACGAUGCCAAUGUUAAAUUAGAAAGGAUAUCGGAGCAAAUUUGCAGAUUCAACCAUGUGAAACGAGGCUUCAUUAUACGCGGCAAAUUGGCUAAGGACAACGAAUUUCCCUUUAUGGCCGCCUUGGGUUGGCGCGUUAAAGAUGAGUUGAGUGGUAACUAUACAAUAGUUUAUAAAUGUGGUGGCACGAUAUAUGAACGAGGUUAUGUGCUCACAGCAGCACAUUGUCUUUAUCAUUCGAGUGAUCUGCCUGUAGUAGUACGCCCUGGAGGUUUCGCUUUAAACGAUACCGAGGCGUGGGAUUUGGAAAUAGAAGAAGUUAUUGAACAUCCCAACUACGAGUAUCCCUCUGCGUAUAAUGACAUUGCGAUUAUACGCCUGAAGACAGAGUUUUACGGAAAUCCAUUUCACGAUGCACCCGCUUGCCUCUGGAAUAAACCAACUGCUGAAGGAAAUGUUACAGCCAUCGGUUAUGGCGACACACAGUAUGCUGGCGUCUCCUCGCCGCUACUUAUGAAAACGAAUUUAUCAACAAUUCCCAACGACGAAUGCAAAUCACACUACGAACCGGAUAGUGGCAAUCUAUGUGAUGGAAUUAUUUCAACGCAGAUUUGUGCUAAGGACAAGGAAAAAGCAAAAGGAGAAUUAAGGGACACCUGUCAGGGUGACUCUGGCGGUCCGCUUAUCAAGUUCAUAUAUGAAGAAGGCAUCUACUACACAACAUUAUACGAGUACAUUGUUGGUAUAACCUCGUUUGGUGUUGGCUGCGGCACUGGUGCUCCAGGUGUUUAUACGCGUAUUUCCGAAUAUAUUGAUUGGAUUGAAAAUGUUACAUAUCGCGCGGUACCAGAAUAAAUAAAAUUUAUAUUUUUUUUUAUUAUUAAAAAAACACGUUUUGAAUAAAUUCUAGU